UGAACAUUGUGCAAACACUGAGCCAUAAUCAGACAAAGUAAGUCCCGCCGCUGAGCGGAUUGCGGGUGGACGUAUUAUUCUGACAGCGUGGUUGUAAUUAGUUAGCUCCAGGCGGAAUGUAAACUAGUAUUUGAAAACUAUCACUGCCACGUUUCCAUUUUAUAGGCAGUUGUCGUGUUCUUGGUAAGAAACUAUAGCUCGUUAGCUAGCUGGCUAAAGAGUCGGGUAACUGGCUUGCUAACCACCGGUGUUCCGUUACCUGGCGUUCUCAGUUAUAGCUUAUUUACAGCGAGACUGUAGAGGAAAACUUAUGACAGGUACAUGGGCAGACCUAUUGAGUUAACUUAUUGGAGCUUCCGAUAUUAUGUGCUGUUCUGUUUAAUUAAAUGGCUGUAAAUUAAUUGCCUUUACAGACCGGGCACAUUCACGCUAGCUAUAAAUACACUUCUUUGUUUCCCUCUUAUCCAUAAGCGGUUCAGCUAGCAAAGGAUUUGGCUUUAUCUUCUUUUGGCAGUUGGACGUUUAGCGUUUUGCAUGCUCGCCAAAGUAAAGGUCGGGAUAUACUGAACUUUUGACAGCAAGCUGUCAAACUUAGUGACCAGCGCAAAGUUCAGCACGGUGUUCCAGUUAAGCUCACAUUUUAACGUUUGAAUGUCCCAAAUUACAUGGAAAUUCACCGUUGCAGUUCGGAAACAGAGGUGCAAUCUCGGUCUUCCAAAUCUGGUACCAGAAACUCGGCAACUACAACUAGACGAAGUCUGAGGACCCUGCAGGGCUGGGCACCAUGUCCGAGGACAACAAUGCUGACAAGUUUAUCAAGGAGACCUCCAUCUUGGAAGAAUAUAGUAUCAACUGGACACAGAAGCUUGGUGCUGGAAUCAGUGGACCUGUAAGGGUGUGUGUAAAAAAAUCUACACAAGAACGAUUAGCUUUGAAGAUCCUCAUUGACAGACCUAAGGCACGCAAUGAGGUAAGACUUCACAUGAUGUGUGCCUCACACUCAAACAUUGUAAAGGUCUUGGAGGUUUAUGCCAACAACGUGCAGUUUCCCCAUGAAUCAAGUCCGAGAGCAAGGUUAUUAAUUGUUAUGGAGAUGAUGGAAGGAGGGGAGUUGUUUCACAGAAUCAGCCAGCACAGACACUUUACAGAAAAGAUGGCCAGCCAAGUCACUAAACAGAUUGCCCAGGCUUUGGAGCAUUGUCACUUAUUGAAUAUUGCACAUAGAGACUUGAAGCCAGAGAACCUGCUGUUUAAAGACAAUUCAAUAGAUGCUCCCGUAAAACUGUGUGAUUUUGGUUUUGCCAAAAUUGACCAAGGUGAUCUGAUGACGCCACAAUUUACUCCUUACUAUGUAGCACCUCAGGUAUUGGAGGCACAAAGGCGCCACCAAAAAGAAAAGUCUGGAAUUAUACCUACCUCGCCUACCCCUUACACAUACAACAAGAGCUGUGACUUGUGGUCCUUGGGUGUGAUUAUCUAUGUGAUGUUGUGCGGUUAUCCUCCAUUUUAUUCCAAGCACCACAGCCGCACUAUCCCUAAAGACAUGCGCAAGAAGAUCAUGACAGGCAGCUUUGACUUCCCCGAAGAUGAGUGGAGCCAAAUAUCAGAGAUGGCAAAGGACAUUGUUCGCAAGCUGUUGAAAGUAAAGCCUGAAGAAAGGCUUACUAUUGAGGGGGUCCUGGCCCACCCCUGGCUGAACUGCACGGAGGCUUUGGACAAUGUGCUUCCUUCUGCUCAGAUGAUGAUGGAUAAAGCUGUUGUCGCUGGAAUCCAGCAGGCCCAUGCAGAGCAACUGGCCAACAUGAGAAUACAGGACCUUAAUGUCAGCCUGAAGCCUCUCAGCUCUGUAAACAACCCUAUUUUGAGGAAGCGAAAGUUACUCGGUACAAGACCAAAUGAUGGCUUUUUUAUCAAUGACCCUGAAAAUGGAGCAGAAGACUCUAAUGUGGCACUUGAAAAACUAAGAGAUGUCAUUGCGCAGUGCAUUUUACCACAAGCUGGAGAAAAUGAGGACGAAAAGCUGAACGAGGUGAUGCAUGAAGCAUGGCGUUUCAACAGGGACUGCAAGCUUCUCCGUGAUGGAUUGCAUGGGCUGAGCUGGAAUGGUAUGGCUUUUUCUGAUAAAGUUGAUCGGUUGAAAUUGGCAGAGAUUGUGAAACAGGCCAUUGAAGAAAAAACAUUAGAAGACUCCCACUAGAAAGUGCUACAUUUUUAUUUACUUUUUUACUGUUUAUUAUAAUUGUUCUUAAACAAAUAACUGUAAAGAGAAAUUUUAUGUACAUUGAACUUUUCCCCUCCAUGGACACACUUGCAAGUCUGUUGUACAGCUGUGGAUAAAGCCAAGUUGGUAUGAUUGCUCUCUCUCUACAGUUGUAAAUGAAAAAAAUGUAAAUCUUUUUCCCCUGAACAAAAAUUAUUUCAGUAUGAAGGGAGCAAUUUAUGAUUCAUUUUUAUUAGGUUUUUUUUUUUAUUUUUUUUAUUUUUUUUAUGCCCAUAUGUCAAGAUAAAUUUAAAGGAUUCAAGACUAAAAGACUUCUUUAAAGGACAGCAUUAGGUUGCUUUAACAUUUGUUAUUUAUGUUAAUAUGUAAAAAAAUAAAGACAAUUUAUUUACUGCAGAAUAGAACUUGAUCAGAAUUAAUGUUACUUUAGCACUAAUCAAAUACAUAUCAUUACAAAUUGUCCAGUUAUAACUUAUCUCUGAUAUAUAUUGUAAUUUACUGACUAUCAUCCUUGUCCUCCCUGAAAAAGGUUUAGCUGUUAAGUUGGAAUAUUAAAUGAUUAAUUCUCUUGUAUAACUACAAUCCACAAUUUUUACAUUUUUAUGUCAGUAAGAUCUCUCUUAAGCUGAAUAAUCGGUAGUUUUAGCUGAUAUCUGCCCAUUUUUGAUUAGUAUUACAUAAAAAAAACUAUAGCAUUCCUUUAUAAACAAAUGCUGCUAACAUUUUGAUCCACAUGAGCCAAUAGGCCAACUAGGGCCUGGUAUUUCACAAGCAUCAUGGUUACAAAUUACUUGAUACCAUAUGCACUAUACUAACAAAAGUAACCUGAACAACUAUACAACAAUUUUGACUUUUCAUUAUAGUGUUAUCACUCAAAAUUUUACAAUACAUUAUGAAAAUAGGUCCGAUGUCUAAAGUAUAAAUGGUCAUUCCGCUAUUUAUUCCUAGAGCUUAUUACAUUAUUUUAAGACUGAUAACUUUUGAAAAAGUUUCCCUUGAAUUUUGACUCAUCAACCACUGGUGUAGCUUGGUGAUUCACUUGUUAUACUUUUGCAUUUAAAAACAUUUGGCUAUUAUAUACAAAACUCACAAUUCACAGUUGCAAGUGCAAAUUUAGAAAACGAUUCAAAAGUGACUUUUUUUUAGACCUGUAUUAUGGAGGUUAGUACAAAUUUAAGGCUAAUAAUGCAUUUAUUACGGAAGCCAAUUACUCAUAAUUUGUUUAAUUGAAGUAUAGACUGAAUACAGAAAGUAUUCAGACCUCCUGACUUUUUGCAUGCUUUUUUGUGAUGGAUUUAAUUUUGACUGUAUAUGACUUUUUGAAAAAUCUUCACUUGAUCACUCAUAAUGACAAAGAAAAAACAGAGUUUUUUUUUCAAAAAUGUAUUAAAAUCAAACACUUAAAUCUCUAAUUCACAAAUGCAGCAACUGCAUUCUUCUUGGAUAUGUCUGUACAAACUUUGCAUACAUGGAUUUGGGCAGCUAAUUCCUUUCUUCAUGGCAGAUUCUCUCAUUUUCAGGCCUGUCCCCACAGAUGUUUAAUGGAAUUGAAGUCUGUUUUUUUCUUUCUGUCCCUCCCACUGAGAAGCACCCCUGUUUUUCCUAGACACAGUACUUACACAGUUCUGCAAAAAGAUUUUCAUUUUUGUCUCAUCAGACCAGAUAAUCUUUUUCAUGUUGUCCUUUACAUUUCAAGUAGGCUGUCAUAUGCAUUUUACUUAACAGUGGCUUUCAACCUGCCAUUAAGGCCUGAUUUAUGGCUGCUGCAGAGAUGGUUGUCCAUCCAACAUGAAUUUUGGGGCUAUUUUAAAUUGCAGAAGUUAGACUUCUAAACAAAUCUCAAGAACAAUUUGUGGACCUGACCACAAUGUUGAGUGCCACGGCAAAGGAUGUGAAUAAUUGUGAAUAAGAGCUUUCACUUCUUGGUUUUUAAAUAAAUAAUAAUAAAAAAAAUCAUGUAUUCACUUCAUCAUUGUAAUUAAUUGAAUUGAUGGAUGGGUUAUAGUAAUUCAAAAUGAAAUUCACAAUGUAGCAUGCAAAAAGUCAAGCAGUCCACCAAGCAGUAACCCCCCCUGCUUAAGAUUCAGGUUUAUAGCUUGGUGGUGCUAUCAGUCAGCCGGGCGUCUACACAGACGUAUUUGUGUAUGUCUGGUAAGGCAGGGAUAGUCAAAGCGAAGAAAUAUACAUAUAAACAAACACUGUUUAUGUUCACCCAAACGUUUGUUUUACUUUCAUCACUGUUGCACUAUGACGCUUUUAGAAAACAGAUUUAUUCCUUGGGUAUUUAUACUUUAAUAGAUGGCUCAACAACCAUAGCAACAAGUCAUUAAUAGCACUCAGGUGUAUCAUCUUUUAAAAACUGAUUACACUACAAAUUAAUUACAACUCAUACAUAAGACAUACAAUAUAUUAACAUUAAUUAAUGCAAUAUAUUAAAACUACAAUAUGUUUAAAAAGCCAAAACAUUGUAAACAUACAUUUUAUAAUGAACUGUCCUUAGCUGUAAUUAUUUAAUACACACUCCCAAAAUGUUAGUUUACCCCGUGUGUUUAGUGUUAAACGCCUAAAUUUAAAAUGUAGCAAUGUAUCUGGGACACUUUUUGAAGCGGUUUAAUUGCUUUAUGUUCGUCCCUUUAAAACCAAGACAAAGCAAAUCACAGAAACUAUUUCUACAAGCUGUCUUCUAAGCAUGGCAAUAUUUUGCUCUUUUUUCAGAAUGGGUCAGGAAGAGGUUAGUGGCUUUAAUCUUUUGUUUUUCCACUUAAGACUCUUGUUAGUAGUGCUUCCACUUUUGUCAUUUCUGUUUUAUAUUUUAAUUUAUUUAAUUAAUUUUAUCUUUUACUCUUUUCUGAUGUGGCACGUAAGCACUUACCAUUUCAUGAUGGAAGACUUGUAGACCUGUACCUCAGACAGUAUUUUUUUUCUGACUAUUCUAAAAUAUUUGUAUUAAAGCAAUUAUUUGCUAACAA